AUGGCUCGAGGCUUCCUUGUCACCCUAAUCUUAUUCUUUUCUUUCAUAUCUUCUCAUAUUCAUGCAUGCAACCAAAAUGAACGCAGCUUUCUCCUCUCCUUUGCUCUCACUCUCUCUUCUUCUCUUCUUACUUGGAACUCCUCCGAUUGUUGCUAUUGGGAGGGCAUCACUUGUGAUCAGUAUGGUUUUGUCACCCAUCUGGAGUUACCUUCUAAAGGGUUCAAAAUCGAAGGAGGUAAUACUUUCCCUUCACUCGGAAAUCUCACACAUCUCACCCACCUCAAUCUCUCCCACAAUUCGCUUUAUGGUUCACUAGAUCACAUUCAAUUACCCUUGUCAUUGAAUCGUCUAGAGGUCCUUGACUUGAGCCAUAACGCAUUUUCAGGUUCCAUCCCGUCCUCUACUUGUCUUCAUUCUUCUCCCUUGAUAUGGCUUUUAGAUUUUUCCUUCAAUAAUUUUAGUGGCAGUAUUUCUCCCAGACUAGGCAAGUGCUCCAAACUACGAGUUUUUCGUGCAGGCUACAAUAAUCUAGCCGGGUUACUUCCGGAAGAUAUCUAUAAUGCUACCACACUCGAAGAGAUUGAGUUGCCUAGUAAUUCCCUAUAUGGAGCCAUUAGUGAUAAAAUUGUCAACCUCACUGCGCUCAACACUUUUGAUUUCUCUUAUAACCAUUUCAGUGGUGUUCUCCCUCCAAGUCUUGGGAAGCUCUCGAAGUUGAAAUUCAUAGUCCUUGAUUCGAACUAUCUAGAAGGUCCUUUGCCCCCUUCUUUGAUGAAUUGCACGAAGCUCGUAGGACUACGUAUAGGAGCCAACAGCUUGGAAGGAGAUAUCUCCACGUUUAAUUUCUCCAAACUGAGCCAACUUAGUAAACUUGAUCUAGCGGUGAAUCUCCUCACCGGUACUGUGCCAAGGAGUCUUUACUCAUGUAAAUCCUUGAAAGCAAUUCGCCUAGGCAAAAAUGAUCUAGAGGGACUAAUACAACCUGAGAUUAUAUCGUUGACAUCCUUGUCCUUUUUAUCCUUUAGUUUCAACAAACGACAAUUGGCCAAUGUCACAGGGGCAGUGAAGGUAUUAAUGGGUUGCAAAACUCUAGUAUUCCUCACCAUUUCAUCUUGUUUUCUAGGUGGUGAAAUGCCAGGUGAUGAUGGGAUUGUUGAAUUUGAUGGAUUCCAAAGUAUUCGACUUUUGGAUUUGAGUUCUUGUGGACUCACUGGUGAAAUACCUGGAUGGUUAUCUAAGCUGAAGAAGCUUGAGAUCCUGAAUCUGGAUUCUAAUAGAAUCACAGGGUCAAUUCCUAGUUGGCUCGGGACUUUACCACGGCUGCAUUCUAUACUCUUGGCAUCCAACCAAAUUUCAGGUGGUUUUCCAAAAGAACUUUGUAGGCUGCCGAUGUUGGUACAUGGGCGAGCUGCAGCUCAAGUAGAUCGUAAUCAUCUUGAGCUGCCUAUAUUUGACAAACCGGAAGAUGGAGACUCUAUACAGUACAGUUCUUUGUCUCUCUUUUCUCCAAUGAUUGAUCUAUCAAACAACAACAUGAGUGGAAGUAUACCUUCCGAGAUCGGCCAAAUGCAGUUUCUCAGUGAGUUGCAUCUUAGCUUCAACAACUUUUCUGGUGACAUUCCACACCAAAUAUCUAAUCUUAAAAAUUUGAAGGUAUUGGAUCUCUCCAACAAUCAUUUGUCUGGGAAGAUUCCAGCCUCACUGACAUUCCUUAACUUGCUGGGAAUUUUUAAUGUCUCAUACAAUAAUCUGGAAGGACCAAUUACAACAAGCAUUCAGUUUCAAAGCUUCGGUGCGUAUGCAUUUGAAGGCAAUCCAAAGCUUUGUGGCGCCCUGCUUCAAAAAGAGUGUCAACCAAGAAAGGUCAUCGACGGUAAUGAAAAGGGCAAAAACCAAGAUGUCGAGAAUGCGUCUCAAAAUCAAAAUCCAUGGUCUUAUAUUUCCAUUGUGCUUGGGUUCAUUACAGGAUUUUGGGGAGUUUGUGGUCCUUUGAUGCUCAAGAAGACAUGGAGAAAUGCAUAUUUUCAAUACCUAGACAAUGCUAAAAAUAAGUUCAUUAUUGUGAUGAUAAGAGUGCAUAUGAACUGGACGAAACACAAAAAUUAG